ACUAGUAUUUCGACGAUGAAGACGAAGACGAGAUGUUCCUUACGAACGGCCCUCGUGGCAGUGGCGGAGGUGGAUAUAACAAUGUGCCUAAUGGGCAACCGUAUGGAAACUCCAAUAGUGGUAACGGGUUUGGGAGUGGAGGAGGCGGCGUUGGGAGAGGAAACAACGCCUGUUAUAAUUGUCGUAAGACUGGGCAUUUUGCCCGUGAUUGCUGGUCGAGGAGAGGGAGAGGCUAUGGAUCACAACAGGGAGAUCCUGAACUGGAAGAGAUGAAAGAGCAUUUUAGACAGUUAAGGAGGGAAAAGCAAGAACUUGAGGUGAAGCGAGAACUAGGAGAAGAGCGGAAGGUUAGGGAGGAGGAUGAGAUUCGUCGGAACCAGGACUUCGCAAGGAAAGCGGAGGAAUUUAAACUGCAAUUCCGUGCAGAAUUAUUGGAAGAAUGGAGGAGGACUAACACGGAGGCCAAGGAGGCAGUGGUGAAGACUAGGAGAUCGGUCACUGGCCGAAUCAAACGAAAAGGGAGCCCUUACCUGAAAAAGAAGAAGAAUGUGGAUGUUUGGAGCGACGAGACGGAAUCUGAGGAGACCUCCGAUCGAGACACCUCGGACUCAACCACCAUCGGCUCGGAUUCAGAAGGACCGGAGUUGCGGAAGAAGCCACAUGGAAAACGCAGGGUUAAACGAUUGAAGAGCAAGCUGAAGUCGAGGAAGGGUAAAUGCAGAAACGUUUUGGGGCGCACACCACCGAGAGUUCACGGACGGGGGGAAUGGUCCAAACAGCAGCUGAUGGGACAUGUUGAUGACCCGGAAAAGGAGGCCACGAAGAACGAUGGAUUAGAUGAACCUCGGGUGCCCUUGACCGGUGGUUUUAAGGGCCUAUCGGCUAGGUGUUCACAAAAGGGUCUCAUUUAAUACUGCAUUUCGGCUCAUAAAAUUUAUUCCACAAAGAAGGCGGAUGUUCUCAGGAAGU